CCUCGCCCCGCCGCCUCGCCGAGGCCCCCGCCGCAGCCAAAACGCCGCGGGCCGUGCUCCGAGUGAAGAAUGGGGCGGCCAAGCUGGCCAAACCGCCGGCGGCGGCGGCGGGCGAAGCCCCCGGAGGUGCCCCCGGCUCCGGGCUCUUCAUGGAGCGGUCGCAGAGCCGCCUCAGCCUCUCCGCCUCCUUCGAGGCCUUGGCCAUCUACUUCCCCUGCAUGAACAGCUUCGACGAGGAGGACGCGGAUGGGGAUGGUCGGAGACUCAAAGGAGCCAUCCAGAGGAGCACAGAAACAGGGCUGGCUGUGGAAAUGCCCAGCAGGACCGUGCGCCAGGCCAGCCACGAAUCCAUUGAGGACAGCAUGAACAGCUAUGGAUCGGAGGGGAACUUGAAUUUCAGUGGAGUCCAUCUGGCAUCUGCUGGGCAGUUCAGUGACUUCCUGGGCAGCAUGGGCCCCGCACAAUUUGUUGGGCGUCAGACCUUGGCCACCACCUCGAUGGGGGAUGUGGAAAUUGGCUUGCAAGAGCGAAAUGGGCAGCUAGAAGUGGAUAUCAUUCAGGCUCGAGGACUCACACCAAAACCCGGCUCCAAAACACUGCCAGCUGCUUACAUCAAAGCUUACCUGUUAGAGAAUGGCGUGUGCAUUGCGAAAAAGAAGACAAAAGUGGCUCGCAAAUCCUUAGACCCUUUGUACAAUCAGGUGUUACUGUUUCCUGAGAGCCCCCAGGGCAAAGUAUUGCAGGUGAUAGUCUGGGGAAACUACGGCCGCAUGGAGCGCAAGCACUUCAUGGGAGUCGCAAGGGUCCUCCUGGAAGAACUGGAUUUGUCAACUUUAGCAAUUGGCUGGUACAAGCUCUUCCCAACCUCCUCAAUGGUGGAUCCCACUACGGGCCCGCUCCUGCGCCAGUCCUCGCAGCUUUCCCUGGAGAGCACAGUGGGACCCUGCUGUGACAGGUCUUAGUGAGUAAGGAAGGGGGAACUGCUUUUGUUUUUUAAACAUGCUGUCAAGGUUUUGUUUGCUGGAACUCUGACCUCAAGCGCAAUGCAUGUUCAAUCAGUUCUUGUGGAGCUGGAAGAGGAGGAUAAACCAGUGACCUUAGACAGAAGACAAGGGGGAGGGUGCUGUACCCUCUCUGUCGGUGGAGGAGGUGCCAUGGGGCAUGAGUCCUAGUUGUCAAAUUAGACAUACACCUCUUGUUUCGCUUCUCUCGCUGUCAUUCUUGGACCCUUGUUUCAGAUCAGCAUUAACUCUGGAAAGUUGCAGCAUUUGAAAAAUCUGGGGGGAGUAAGGAAGGUAUUUUUCUUAACUGUGCAUCUUCAAAAUUUCGUAGGCAGAUUCUUUCUCAAAGUACCUGAAAAAUGCAGAGGCCAAUAUCUGACCUAGAAACAGCAAGGGCAGAAAGUUUGAGGGAAGCAUGAGUUUUUCAUAAGAUCUCGUUGAAAGAAGAAAAAAGAAAGAAACCUGUAAUUCUUUCUUUAGUAUCAGUUCCACACCACUGAAUCAUGUUACCUGUGACGCUGUCAUUGCUGUGUUUUUGAACUGUGCCAAAUUACCAGCAAGUGUCUUUCCUGCAUUACUUGUGUAACACUGCUGAUGAAGCAUACUUGGUGGGGGAGUAGGCGCCUGCUUAGACCAGGCAGUUUGAACAGAAUUUGAGUUUAGCAGUCUAAUUAACUGCAGUUUUGCUCAGAAAAAAAACCCACCAAACUGGUAGAGGUGGGAGCUGAGCAUCAGACUUGCAGCCUGAGAUAUGCUUUGUAUCUUUAUACCCUCACUCGUUGCUCUGCAUCCUUCAGUCACGUCUUCUAUCUCCUGCUCUUCUUUCAUCCCCUUUGUACCAGUACAUAUCUGCUGGAGAUGCUGCCCUUCCUGUCGUGCUAUUGACUGACCUGAAACGAGACUGCUUUAUUCUGCCACAGGACAGUGAGAUUUCUAGGGGUGCAGAAGAAAGAAAUUUGAGUCUGUCAUCUGACAAGAAGGCGCUGAGAGCACAUAACCUUCCUCAUGGAAAGAAGGUUGCUUUAGGCACUCUCAGUAAUAUGCAAGCAUCGUCAAAUGUCCUGAAAGAAGGAAUGCUGUCCCCAGAGUAUGGAGCAGUAGUGGGUAAGGAAGCUGAAGGCACAGUGGUCACAGCAUGUGUAUUUCAUUUAAGUGCAACACUAACUGGAAAGGAGUCUUGUAGGUGAACCUGUGAAGCACAUUCUCUGCCAGCAGAGUCACGUGCUAGAGAAAGGCAAGCUAGACCCUUCAGACAAUGAAAAUCUCCUCUUUGAAAACACUUAUUAUCCAAAAUAGUAGAGAAUCUCCAAAGAUUUCCUGUUAAUGGCUAGAUUUUUUUUUUUCAUAGUUCUUAAUGAGGAUUUGGUGAUUGCACUUUCAAAAUAAGCUUUGGAGAUGUUUUACUUCGAGAUUUAGAAGUGAAGGUCCCAUAUCAUGUUUAGGAGUGAGCAGAUCCUUGGCCUCUCACCGAGGCACACAGAGCAUUUAUUUCUGCAUGCGGACCUCAGCUUUGUUAGAGUAAAAGCAUGACUGUAGGGUGGUUGGUGAAAGCAGUUGCUUUUGAUCCAAGCUUGUCUGUGGCGUUUUAAAUCAUAUUGAGAUAAAUUACAGAGUAGAUACAAAACAAAUAGGCCUUACAAUAAAAUUGUAUGAUAUAAAGGAGAGGGAAGGCGCAGAAGGGACAUAGAAUGAAUAGGUUUUGAAGUGGCAAAAGCCUCAGCAUUUCAGAUAAAUCUCUUUAUUUCCUUGAUGAAAUAUGUCUCUGGCCUCUCACUAAUUAUUUUUUCUAAUCGUAUUAGACAAUUUCUAUAUAUUAGCUGAAGAAAGUUUGUUGCAUGCUGGUCAAACUAUGUUGUGGCGCUCAUACUUUUUAAAGAAGCACAUUUACUGUAAUUCAAGUCAGCAUCCUUUCCUCUUGGUAUGUAGUGAGUACUAGGCAAUAUUGUACAAUAUGUGUAUGAACUAGAAUAGAUUAGGUAGAUUUAGUGGUUUGUAGCACCGGAUCUUUUAAUAACUAUGUCUUUAAAAGGACCGUGGGGUACUCCGGGUACAUUCCAAACCUGGUAACUGAGAAACAGGGCUUCUGUUCUAAGUUAUGCCAGACAUUUCCUAUUGGAGAUUGUCUGGGCAUUAUCUCCUGGUAGCAGCCGAUGGGUCGUGUUUUUCCUCCGUCCAGUUAGAUGAAUGCAACGUUGCAGUCUUUCAUGUGGAGUACAAGACUUUAUAUGCCAAAAAAAAUGCCCUCUGAAACUUUAUUUAAUGAUUGUCCAUUGGAAAGCUCAGUUCCUCUAUGCCUGGCAAAUGUAAUGUGUCUCUAAAUCCCAUCCCUCUAAAAGAGCCGCGAGCUCGAAGACGAGUGGUGUAGUUAAAACAGGACUCCUUAACACCGAGGACUGUCUUCCAUUCAUUUGUAGUCAUUCUAAAAGUUUGUUGUCAGGGUCAAAAAAGGAAAAAAAGGCAUUUCCACUCGUGUUGUUUUUCUUAGCGUCCCAAAUUCUGAAUUUUGAGGUCAUUUUAACAGUCUGCUUUGGGCUGUUUUCUUCUGCCUUGUUUCUGUGGCUGGUGGUAGCCCGAUUCUCCCUUGUGUUUGGAGUCACUUCCAAGUCGUGUUUCUCUGCAGUAAGUGAAGGUUGCAACCUCUGGCUGCCAGGCACGGCAGUCACGCACUCCAGGUAGUGUUCCUUGGUAGGGCAGACGGACUCACAGCCCUUCCAAGAGUGCCCCUGGGGCACGGGUUGUCAGGUCAGGCUGUCACGUUGCACAGCACUGUCUGGUCUCAGUUCUUGUUUCACUCAUGCUCAUGAUUCCUGCACUGACCAUGGCAUAUUGCAGUUAAAAAUGAAGCCUUCUAGUUUUCCGUCAAUGUAAAGACUCCCAGUGUCGCAUCCGAGGCAAAUCUUGGGCUUGGAACGGCUUGUUUUUGUAAAACCUAACCCCUUAUUUCCCUUUGAAUUUGACCUGCUGCUUUGUGUCUGAGGUGGUGUGAUGUGCUGGUUGUGAUUACCGGUAUGCUGGAGUGUUUUGCUGGGGUGCUGAGUGGCUGAGUGCUAAACUUUGGUCCCCUUUAGUCCCAGUGGAGUGUUUUUCCUGUGUCUGAGCUGAGCGGUUAGUUACAGAGGGAGAGGGAGAGAAAAAGAGCAGGAGACUUCUAAAAAAAAAAAAAAAAAAAAAAAAAAAAA